UAAAGCACCCCAGCCAACUGUCAAACCGUUCAACCAUUAAACUGUCAUUAACUGUCAUACCACCCCUGGCUCUAUAAAUAUGCAGAGCUGUUCCUCAAUAAAUGGGCAUUUUCUCCGACGGCAAACCUUGAUCGUUCUUUCAUUGGUGCCGAAACCCGGAAGCCUCGCUGCUUGAGGGCCCCUUCUCUCAAGGCUUGCUGUCCUCGUCCACUCUUUCGAGUGCUGCUACUCACACAACACUGGCUCUUCAGUAGUACCUGCUCAAGCUAGGUAUUCUGUGCCCUUGCUUCAGGGAAGGGACAUGCUGUGACAGCAGAAAGAGGAUUAUCUGAACCAUCCUCUGUUGCAAGACAUGAAGACAGUUUGUUUAAGGAUUUAUUUCAAGACUAUGAAAGAUGGGUUCGUCCUGUGGAAUACCUGAAUGACAAAAUAAAAAUCAAGUUUGGCCUUGCAAUAUCUCAAUUAGUGGAUGUGGAUGAGAAAAAUCAGUUAAUGACAACAAAUGUCUGGUUGAAACAGGAAUGGACAGAUGUAAAAUUAAGAUGGAACCCUGAUGACUAUGGUGGAAUAAAAGUUAUACGUGUUCCUUCAGACUCCCUCUGGACCCCAGACAUUGUUUUGUUUGAUAAUGCAGAUGGACGUUUUGAAGGGGCCAGUACAAAAACAGUUGUCAGGUACAAUGGCACUGUCACCUGGACACAGCCAGCAAACUACAAAAGUUCCUGUACUAUUGAUGUCACAUUUUUCCCAUUUGAUCUCCAAAACUGUUCCAUGAAAUUUGGCUCUUGGACGUACGAUGGAUCUCAGGUUGAUAUAAUCCUAGAGGACCAAGAUGUAGACAAGACAGAUUUUUUUGAUAAUGGAGAAUGGGAAAUUGUGAGUGCAGCGGGGAGCAAAGGAAACAGAACUGACAGCUGCUGCUGGUACCCCUACAUCACUUACUCCUUUGUAAUUAAGCGACUGCCUCUCUUUUAUACCUUGUUCCUUAUUAUACCCUGUAUUGGGCUCUCAUUUCUGACAGUAGUUGUCUUCUAUCUUCCUUCAAAUGAAGGUGAAAAGAUUAGUCUGUGCACUUCGGUCCUUGUCUCUCUGACUGUCUUCCUUCUGGUUAUUGAAGAGAUCAUACCCUCCUCUUCUAAAGUAAUACCUCUGAUUGGAGAGUACCUGGUGUUCACCAUGAUUUUUGUGACCCUAUCAAUUAUGGUGACUGUCUUCGCCAUUAACAUUCACCAUCGCUCUUCCUCAACACACAACGCUAUGGCACCCUGGGUCCGCAAGAUAUUUCUUCACAAGCUUCCCAAACUGCUUUGCAUGAGAAGUCACGUAGACAGGUACUUCACUCAAAGAAAGGAAACCGAGAGUGGUAGUGAACCAAAAUCUUCAAGAAACACGUUGGAAGCUGCACUUGAUUCUAUUCGCUACAUUACAAGACAUGUCAUGAAGGAGAAUGAUGUCCGUGAGGUUGUUGAAGAUUGGAAAUUCAUAGCCCAGGUUCUUGAUCGGAUGUUUCUGUGGACUUUUCUUCUGGUUUCAAUUAUUGGAUCUCUGGGUCUUUUUGUUCCUGUUAUUUAUGAAUGGGCAAAUAUAAUUGUACCAGUUCAUAUUGGAAAUACAAAUAAGUGAAACUUUGAAGGGUUUGAAUUUAGUUACAAAACAUAUAUCUAUCAUGGCAUGUCUACACUUAGGCAAAUAUAAAGUUGUGUUUAAAAUAUGAUGUAAGCUGCAGCAGAUUAAUAGUUGCUAACAUUGGUUUGCCUAAUAGAUUAUUCAUUAGUACAUCUACCUGCAUGGCUGAAGUAAUGACUAAAAAUAACAGCAAAAUAUUAUCCAAACUGUACUAGUGAAAAUCUAGUGUUUUCCUGGUUUGUAAUCAAUAGUGAUGCUCAUCUUUUGGUUUUUUGUUUGUUUGGUUGGUUGGUUGGUUUUUGGUGCUGGGGAUUGAACCAAGGCUUGGCACAUGCUAGGCAAGUGCUCUACCCUCGGAGCUAUACCUCCAACCCAAGCUCAUCUUUUGAAUGCUGGAAAAUUCUAGUUGUGUUUGAAGAUAUAUUUUAAAACUUUUUCAGGAUUUGGUAAAGGUAUACUUUUUUUUUUUUUUUUGAGAUGGGAUCUUGAUAAAAUGCCUAGACUGGCCCCAAACUCUUGGGCUCAAGUGAUCUUCUUGCCCUCAACCUCCUGAGUAGCUGGGACUACAUGUGUGUGCCACUUGUGCCAGGCUAAGGGAUACAUUUAAAAAUUCUUUCUGUCCUGUAUUUAAUAAUAACAGCUAAUCUUCAGUGUAUUCUGCUCUCAUAAGUAAGCUGAUUACUCAGUAUAAGAGUGACUUAAAAUGAUGCUGCUAUUCUAUAACCAACAUUUUUAAUAAAUGAAAAGUGGAGAUUGGACACUC